AUGGCCGCCAGACAAUCAACACGUCUCCUCCAGACUCUCCGGCCGACGGUAGUGCCCGGCCGCGCCUUGCCCCGGACGCUCCGCUUCUACUCAGACGCCGCCCCGGCCGCGCCUCCGCUCCUGGCCAAUCUCAAGGCCGAUCUGAAGACGGCCAUGCGCGCCAAGGAUGCCGCUCGCCUCUCUGUCCUGCGCUCCGUCCUGUCCGCCACCAACAACGCUGCCAAGACGUCGUCUCCCAUCGUCACCGACGCCCAGCUCGUCGCUCUCCUGCGCAAGACCCAGCGCGCCGGCCAGGACGCCGCCGCCCAGUUCCGUGCCGCCGGCCGCGACGAUCUGGCCGACAAGGAGGAUCUUCAGGCCAAGGUCAUGGCCGAGUACAUUGCCAACUCGGGCGUCCUCACCGUCACCGAGGCCGACGUCCGCGUGCAUGUCGAGAAGGCCAUUGAGCAGGCCACUGCUGCUGGAAAGGUCUCUUUGGGCGAGGUCAUGAAGCUGGUCAACGCCGCGGUACAGGGCAAGGACGUCGAGAUUGACAAGAAGCGCAUCUCCGAGAUAAUUAAGGAGGCUCUGGAGAAAUAG